AUGACGGUGCAGUCAACCCUUCGCCACUCGGUGGCCGAGCAGGCCAUCGCGGCCUUUCUCGACAAGUACACGGCCGCCAUCCGCUCCAAGCUGGACAAGACCUCUCGCACCGCGCGGCUGCUCGCGACCCUCGCCCUUGCAGCCUCCAUCAUCCUCGCCGGCGCCGGCGGCCGCAGGUGGUGGCGGAGCCGGAGCCUGGAGAAGGAGCAGGGGCGCAAGCUGGUCCGGACCAACUCGUGGCUCGCGCACAAGGACGGCUCGCGCACCAUAUACGUUCCCUACAAGGACGGCACCUCCAAGGUGGUCAUCCACAGGACCAAGCCCCUGACAUUUGAGGCGCAUCGCCGCCUGUUCCUCAACCCCCCGCGCGUCUCUGGCCUCGAUGGCUCCGUGCCGGGCGCCCAGACCAAGCCGGGUCUGAACCUGGCCUUCCUCCACCAGUUCUUGAGCCUCAUGAGCAUCAUGAUUCCCCGUUGGUCUAGCAAGGAGGCUGGCUUGCUUGUGAGCCACGGCGUGUUCCUGAUGCUCCGGACCUACCUGUCCCUGGUGGUCGCCCGACUCGAUGGCGAGAUUGUACGGGACCUGGUGGCUGGUAACGGGAAGGCGUUCCUAUGGGGAAUAGUAAAGUGGUGUGGCUUGGGCGGCUUUGCCUCGUACACCAACGCCAUGAUCAAAUACCUCGAGUCCAAGGUCUCUAUAGCCUUCCGCACCAGGCUGACGCGCUACAUCCACGACUUGUAUCUCAACGACAAUUUGAACUACUAUAAGCUGCCGAAUCUUGACGGUGGAGUUGGCCAUGGAGCAGACCAGUUCAUCACGCAAGACCUGACGCUGUUUUGCGCGGCGGCCGCGAACCUGUACUCGUCUCUCGGGAAGCCGUUUGUCGACAUCUGCCUCUUCAACUACCAGCUCUACCGGUCCCUUGGCCCUGUCGCCUUGACGGGGUUGCUGAGCAACUACUUCCUCACGGCCACGAUUCUGCGGAAGCUGUCGCCGCCGUUUGGAAAGCUCAAGGCCGUCGAGGGCCGCAAGGAGGGCGAUUUCCGGACCCUACACGCUCGUCUCAUCGCCAACGCGGAGGAGGUGGCCUUUUACGGGGGUGCCGAGAUGGAAAAGCACUUUUUGAACCGCGAGUUCAAGUCGCUCAAAAACUGGAUGGAGGGCAUCUACAUGCUCAAGAUCAAGUACAACAUCCUCGAAGACUUCAUCCUCAAAUACAGCUGGAGUGCGUACGGGUACCUGCUGUCCUCCCUGCCCGUCUUCCUCCCGGCGUGGGGAGGCCUCGGCGGAGCGGCAGAGAUGGCGGUGAGCCAGGAUGGCAGCCGCGAGCGCGGGCGCAUGAAGGACUUUAUCACCAACAAGCGGCUCAUGCUGUCGCUCGCCGACGCGGGAGGCCGCAUGAUGUACUCGAUCAAGGAUCUGUCAGAGCUCGCCGGGUACACGAGCCGCGUCUAUAGCCUCAUCUCGACGCUGCACCGCGUCCACGCCAAUGCUUACUACGCGAGGGGCCGCUCCAACGAGCUCUACUCGCUCUCGGACGUCCAGGGAACCACGCAAAAGGGCUUCGACGGUGUUCGUCUUGAGAACGUGCCCGUGGUCGCACCCGCGCUGUACCCCCAGGGAGGCGAGGAGAUGAUCGAGUCGCUGUCGCUUGUUGUCCGCCGCGGCGAGCACAUGCUGAUCUCGGGACCUAAUGGCGUGGGCAAAAGCGCCGUGGCCAGGAUUCUAGCGGGUCUCUGGCCAGUCUACCGUGGGCUGGUCAGCAGGCCCAAGACGAACGGCGAGGACGGCAUCAUGUUCCUGCCACAGCGGCCGUACCUGAGCAUCGGCACGUUGCGGGACCAGGUCAUCUACCCAGAUGGCGAGCUUGAUAUGCGAGGCAAGAGAAAGAGCGAGGCCGACCUCAAGCGCGUGCUCGAGGAGGCACGUCUCGGCUACCUGCCCGACCGUGAAGGUGGCUGGGACACGCGCAAGGAGUGGAAGGACGUGCUCAGCGGCGGCGAGAAGCAGCGCCUGGCCAUCGCCAGGCUGCUCUACCACGAGCCGCAAUACGCCUUCAUCGACGAAGGCACAAGCGCCGUCUCUAGCGACGUUGAAGGACUGCUCUACGAGACGUGCAAGGAUAAGGGCAUCACACUCGUUACAAUCUCGACCAGGGCGUCGCUCAAGAAGUACCACACGUACAACCUUGUCCUUGGGAUGGGAGACAACGGCGACGCAUGGACGUUUGAGCGGAUCGGUACGGAGCGGGAGAAGAUGAACGUGGAGCGGGAGCUCGCGGAGCUCCGGGAGCGGCUGGCACAGGUGGAGGAGUGGAAGAAGCGGCACGACGAGGUGGAGAAGGAGCUGGCCAGGGUCUGGGUUGACGGAGGCGAGGUCCUGAGCCCGCCACCGUACGUGGCCGAGGAGCCGAAGGGCGUGGCCGAGUAG